CUGAUUCCAUAAUUCGCAACGUCCAUAGAGACCCGAACUACCUCAGCUAAUUUGUUUUACAAUUACACCAUGACGAUUCCAAUCUAUCCUGGCAUUGUGAAGGAAAAUGAUCUUUCUCCCGAUCAAGGGUUUGGCUCCGAGAUUGAUGACUUAUGUCAACAAAUUAGAGAUGCCACUAAGGGCUGGGGCGCCAACAAGCAAAAGGUGAUUGACGCAAUUGCGACGCAAAACAUAACCACUCGAUGCAAAAUGGCCAUCCGCUACAAGGAACUGUUUGAACGCGAGCUUGUCGAUGUCAUGAAAAAGGAAUUCUCUGGAGAUUUUGGCGUCGCUCUAGAAUUUCUCUCUUUGCCUUCGGACAAGGCCGAGUGCGCUAUGAUUCGAAAGGCGUGUAAAGGUAUUGGAGCGCAAGUGAACGUGGUUUGGUCCAUUGUUUGCGGACGAACAAACGAAGAAAUGGAUCGACUCAAGAAGACCUAUUUUACCAUGUACAACAAGGAUCUUGGUAAACUCCUGGCCAGUGAGUUGCAUGGCGAUAUGGAGCGUCUCGUCUUUAAUUGCCUUCAAGGAGCCGAAGAUGUAUACGAUCCACAGUUCCAUACAGCGGAAAAGGCUAUUGAAGAAGCGGAAGAAAUUCACAGCAAGGGUCAAGGGCGAUGGGGAACGGAUGGGCGUGGUAUUUUUAAGCUGUUAUGCAAGGCUCCCCCGGAGCACAUUGAGAACAUGAACAAGGCCUAUGCUGACAAGUACGGAUUCACUUUGAUGAAGGCAAUGGAAAAGGAAAUGGGAGGCAACGUGAAAGAGGGUACCAUCUUCAUGCUUGGUAUGAAGCAAAAGCCGUACGAAACAAUUGGAGAUUUGAUUCGCUCGGCCUGUGUGGGCUUCGGUACAGAUGAGCUUCUUUUGACGACUCUUUUGAUUCGUUACCAGCCCAUCAUGUCGGAAGUGAUGUCGGCACACAUCGAAAAACACGGAAAGACUAUCCAUGAUCGUGUCCGCUCCGAAGUUGGAGGCAAGUUCAAGGAUUUGCUUCUCCAAGUUCUAAACACGGCUUGGCCGGAGCAAGGAUGAGUGGCCGAAGGCGCUUUUGUGAGAGGAAGGGAUCUCUAGUUGCCCGACUUGCAUUUCGUGUAGUUCCAUCCUAGCAAUUCACACCCAGUCAGACGAAAUGAGUUGAAUCUCGUUGCUGUUUAUCAACUUGCAUUACAGAGAAAAAAUAUAUUAACAUAAAACCCUACCCUUUU